AUGGACAGCGUUCCUGCCGCUCCCUCCGUUCGGAAUGUCCUCAUCAUCACCCGUCGUCAAAUCGCAAAAGGCCAUAACUCAAUCGUCUACCUCGCUGAACGCACUACGGACAAGACACUCUAUGCCUUGAAGCAAAUCCCCCGCAACAACAAACGGACGGAGAAUCUGCAGCGACUGCGUGCAAAUAACCCGGCUCGGUUACUUCCUACUUCCAACAAUCUUUCUGCUCCUCCCAAAGGCACCGAAGAGGCCAAGAUUGCGAAAGAGGUCGCACUCAUGCGCAGUUGUCACCAUCCAAAUAUUGUCAGGUUCCAGUAUUUUAUCGACGACAAAUCGAACGACUCGAUGUACAUUCUCAUGGAAUACAUGGAAGGCGGAGAGCUCCAGUGGCGAGAAAGAGACAGCUCUAGACCAUAUCUGACCAUUGAGCAGACACGUCGCGUUAUGCGCGAUGUGAUUCUUGGAAUUGGAUACCUUCACCUGCAGGGCAUCAUUCACAGAGACAUCAAACCGUCCAACAUCUUCUGGUGUGGUGACCGCUCUAAAGUCAAGAUUGGCGACUUCGGGGUUGCCUCACUUGCACAACCCGAUCCAUCCGACGCCGACUUUUUUCGUCCUGCUGGAACACCGGCAUUUCUUGCCCCGGAGAUAACGCCUGGCGGUCCGAAAUGCGAUGUAACAUUUGCGGUUGACUUAUGGGCCCUUGGUGUCACUCUCUACGCCCUUCUUUUUGGUUCUUUGCCUUUCGAUGCCGACAUUCGUGAUGCUGGCCCAGUCGUAGCCGAAAAUGCCUUAUAUCGAUCGAUUCGCGAAGACCCUUGGAUUCCCCCGGAGAGAAUGUCAUCCGCCUCGAUUCAAAUCGCUAGCGAAGAUUGGAGCGAUGGGGGAGUCCUCUUUCUGCUCGAUGGUCUGCUGAAUAAAUCGCCAGAAGAUCGUUUUGACGACGAGGCUCUCAAGGUACCUACCCCCACUUUCUACUCUGGAGGUACAUCUCUUAGUCUGCCACAGAACAUGAUGAAUUAUGGCUGGCUUAUUGCUGACAUGCACCAGCCGCAACGUUGGAUGCAAGACACUGCUCCCUUGAUGGACCCGCAUCCUCCGCCUCGAGUUUCUCCUCCUCGUGCUACUAGCUCCAAGCUUCUAAAGCAAGAUCAGACAGUUACGGAUUCCAGAACUAAAUGGUCAUUUUCCCUGGCAUUAGGACGACGCGUUGGGAAGUUAUUCAAGUCUCCAAGAGAUGCUUCACCAGCGGAUGGGAGAGGUGCGGUGAUGAGCGAACCCAGGAUGAUUCUAUCCUCGACAAGCGACAAAGGCAAAGGGCGGGCUACUGCUCCUCCCAAUGACUCACCUCCAACUUCGCGGCGCAAAAAAAGCAUAUUUUCAAGUCGACGGAACGAGUCGAAAAGCUUGAUCAGCACUGCACGACACAGUGUUGAAGCGCUGGGGAAAUCCCGAGCCCCGGCACCCACCAGCAGCAGCGCUUCUGGUGGGAUUGUACUUGGGCCUGGUUCACGGACAGUGACUGUUCUUGGCCAGCCAGAACAGCGCGCCAGAAGCUUGACCAGCGUGGAAUGGCGGACGUUAUAUCCCGAUCUCGACGAUCAGGGUAGACGUGGAGACUGGCUGGUUAUUCAGGAUCAAGCUCAGGAUGAUAUUCUUGUAGUGAUGCCGAGGAGGUUGGCCAGUGACGAUGAUGAUGACUCUGGCUCCUCGGACGGCUCUUCUGAGGUUGCAAGUGGCCCAGAAGACUCGGAUUACGGCGAAGAAAGCACACAGGACUUUUACGGAGAGACGAGUAGUGGUGAUGAAGGUGGCGGGCCUAUCGAGUUCAGGCGAAGGGUACGGGCUGAACCAAGGCAUGGCGAGUAA